AUGCUCAACGUCUUCGUGAUAGGAUGCUUGGUCUCCUCAGCAUACGAGGGGGGAGGAGGGAUGAAGGGGGGUAUGGGUGGAGGAGGGCUCUUCACCACCACACCGGCGAAGCUGGUUCUCAGGGAUCUGCCGACCGCCUCCGACUCCUUUCUGGACUCCGUGACCCCAUUUAACCCCCCGGAGAACCCCAGCGCAGAUGAACUUAUCUUUGAAGUGAAAGCACAGAUCUGUGGAGCAGGCUCUUCAGUGGAGAUCCCGGAUGCUGAGUCCCUCCUCCAUGCUGACUUCAACAAACAGGAAGUGAACUGUGAGAUCAAUCGCUACGUCACCCGUGGCUCUGACCCCGGCGCUCGACCCACUCACUUCUAUGGCUCCCUGCAGGUGGGCGGGGACGGGAUCAGCCUCACCAUGGUCUUGCAGGUUUUAACCAAUGAGGAGGCAGCAUCUGAAGCUCCACCUCUGAUGCAGAGCAAGCUGGAACUCCCUCUUAGCCAAUCAGGGACCCUGCUCACAGAGGUUGUGUUUGUGGUGUUCUCUCGCUCACAGUCCCUUGCUGCUCCACUGCGUGGCGACACACAGCUGGACUGCGGCUUCAGGCAGCAGGACACGCCCCCUGUAGGAGGGCUCGGGCUUGAGUGGCGGCUGCAGUACAAAGGAAGUGGUCAUAAAGUCCUGGAGAUGAGCACAGUUGAGGAGGAGGCAGGGGCGGGGCCUCAUGUGUCUGCAGGGCGGGAGGGGGCUAGUGUGGACCCCGCCCUGGUGGUGGAGGAGGGUAAUGUGUCUCUGACCCUCCGAAAUCUCCGAGUGGCUGACGAAGGAACAUACAUCUGCACCGUCACUUCUGGAAUGUUCCAGACCCAACAGAUUGUCCAGCUACACAUCACACAACCUCCUAACGUGUCUCUCUCUGAGGAGAAAGUGAUAUAUCAAGAGGAGCCAGCCCAGAAACUCAGCUGUCACUGCAACAGCUACUAUCCUCUUGAUGUGGAGGUUGAGUGGCUGUCAAUCAGCUCAUCGGAGGCAGAGCCCACCUCAAUCACUGAGGAGACAUCCCUGUCCAGUCACAGGCAGCACGCUGAUGGAACUUUCUCCGUCACCGCCUACCUGCUGCUUCGCCUCUCGACACACACUCCUCGGACCACCGUCACCUGCAGGGUUACCCAUCAGGCCCUGGGCUCGGCAGUCGACGUCAGCACCAGUUCCGACACUAUGGCUGCUGUACUGCCUGUGCACAGAUCUAGCUAUGCGGAACAUCUGCUUCUGGGCAAGGCAUUUUAUCUUCUGAAUACUGAUGGCCACCUAGAACAAUUAACAAACUCAAAUGUUGAAAAUAAUGACUGGGCAGGGCUUUUACUCUUUGAGCACAGAUUUACAUUGAUUAUCUUCCAUACCUCAAAACUAAUUAGCCAGUACAGUACUGUGAAGUUAUGUUAUACAGAUACAGCAUAUAUACCACUGCUAACAAUGCAAUUGUCUCUGUGUUUACAGGUGACAACUUCUAUGGCAUCAUGAUAUCAGUACUGGUCGUGACAGUAGGAACAGUCUUCUUUUACCAAGUGAUGGGAACUCCAGAUUGAGUUAUGACUCAAUAUAUUGAAGAGAAAACCCAUAACUUAAUCUUAAAAUUCAAAUUAAAUUUGGUACAUGUAGAAAAUGUAGAGUGAAUCUCUAAUUAAAUUCAAAUUUGAGCUGACAGUAGCAGUUUGGCCUUUUGUCAUGUUCUUGUUAUCUUUAGAGGAAUUACUGUGACUGUCAGAUCUGUGAGUAACGUGUAAAUGAAGAUACAUUUAUCGCUCCGUUAUGGACUCUGUUCCAGAUUUACCACAUACAUGCAUUCUGGGACAGAUUCGUUGUAGUUGAGUCCAUGAUUGUGUUUUUAUACUUGUGACUUUUUGGUAUGUUUGUGUAUAUUUGGGGUUAUUCAAGUGUGUGUCUACCCUCGUGUACCAACACAUGCUGUGUCAUGUCUUUAAUGUCUGCAUUGCUGUUACUGUGGUUUGUUGAAGUGCAAAUGUAUUUGAUCAAAUUUUAUUUCGUUUUUUUGUUUAUUUAGGACCUAAAAUGAUCAGGACCUGCAUAUUUGGGACCACUGGGAAUGUCUUCUUUAAUGUGUUUACAUUUUUUUUACUCAACAAUGUGUGUAAUUGAUUUGAAUUAAAAAAAAAUUGUCUGGCCUUUAGGAGAG